AUGGCGCAAAUUUCUUCCGGUCAUGAUGAUGCGGACCCAAACGGGCCAAACCCAGCCCCUGCUACCAUUCCAAUCAAAGGCUCGGGUCAAGAUCAAAAGAAUCUUCGAGAGGCUUUGGACCCCUGGUCCACUGGUCUAUGUCAUUGCUGGAGUGACCCGAAUACUUGUUGCCUAACGUGUUGGUGUCCAUGUAUCACGUUUGGACGGAUUGCGGACAUCCUCGACAGAGGAUCAACUUCAUGUGGUGUUAGCGGAGGACUGUACAUGUUGAUCUUGUUCAUGACGGGCUGUCCAUGUUUAUACUCAUGUUUUUAUCGAUCAAAAUUAAGGGGACAAUACUUUUUGGAAGAGAAACCAUGCUGUGAUUGCUGCGUCCAUUGUUGUUAUGAGCCGUGUGCUCUAUGCCAAGAGUAUAGAGAACUCAAGAACCUCGGAUUCGAUAUGUCCAUAGGGUGGCAUGGGAACAUGGAGAGGAAGAAAAGAAGUGCUUCUCUACCUCCUUCAAUGAAAGUUGACAUGAAGCGCUAG